AGUGUGCGUCGGAGGUUUCUCACUCAAAGUGAAAGUCGCAGAGGCUGCGGGAUGGGGAUUUUACUCGUCAACGAAAACAUCAAUUCCACCGCCUCAGAGGCAAAGGUAUACUCAUUAAGUCGUGCAUUCUCCUGGAUUGUCGGCUGGACCUGGAAAAAACUGCCAAAUCCAUUCAUUGUUGGAAUAGCAGCAAUUUUGUUAAGUUCGUUGUUUGUCAGAACACCUUACAACUGGGUAGGAUAUCUCCUAAAAUGGCCGUUAAGGAUAAUAAACAGAAAAAACAGUUCUGUUGGUCCACCAACAGAUCUCUUAGAAUAUGCAAGCAUCGAAUGGAAAGGAGGUACCAAGCAAGCUGAGAAGAUGAAAAAGGCUUAUGAAGAUAUUUAUUUGGUGCACCACAUUAAACACCUCCGAAAAAUCAGAGGAGAUAACUACUGCGCACUGAGGGCGGUGUUGUUUCAGGUUUUCAGCCACGGUAUACCUCCUCCAAUAUGGAUGAGGGAACAGGACAUCACCAAGUUCCCAGAAAAGAUAUUUACACAUGGCUGUAACUGGAUACAACAAUACAGCUUUGGUCCUGAGAGAUACACUGGGAACAAUGUUUUCAGAAAACUCCGCAAGUACCUGGAAAUUUUGGAAAGCCAGUGGAAUAAAUUUCAUGGAAUUAAAGACCAGGAGAAAAGAACCAAAUUGUGUCUGGAGUUAUUUACUGAGCAAGAAACUGAGUACAAGAUGUAUGAAGCUGUAAAAUUCCUUAUGCUGUAUACAGUAUUUGAGCUUCAUGAAGACAUAAGAGGUGGAGAAGUUGUUCCUAGCUUUUGUGCCCUUUUCUUUGCCCGAGAUUCCUCACCUGAUCCUCUGAGUUUUAUGAUGAACCAUCUGAACCACGUUGGUGACACUGGUGGACUGGAGCAGGUUGAAAUGUUUCUCCUUGGAUUUACAUUGAAAUUGAGGAUCAGAAGCUUCAGACUCUAUAAACAUGGUACUGAAGAAUUUGUAUCUAAUUAUCCUGAAGACUGCCACAGGGAAUGGCAUGACAUUUUUGUUCUGACUGAAGAUGACAGACACUACAAUGUUCCCGUUGUAUGCAGCUGAUUGACAUUAUCACUAUUAGAAACAUAGAAAAUAGGUGCAGGAGUAGGCCAUUCGGCCCUUUGAGCCUGCACCGCCAUUCAGUAUGAUCAUGGCUGAUCAUCCAACUCAGAACCCUAUACCUGCUUUCUCUCCAUACCCCCUGAUCCCUUUUAGCCACAAGGGCCAUAUCUAACUUCCUCUUAAAUAUAACCAAUGAACCGGCCUCAACUGUUUCCUGUGGCAGAGAAUUCCACAGAUUCACCACUCUCUGUGUGAAGAAGUUUUUCCUCAUCUCGGCUUCCCCUUGUGGUGAACUACAUAUACCUGUCUGGACACGCCCCUCUGCUGACUGCUCCUGUGGCUCCUCCCACAGACCCCUAUAUAAAGGCAAUUGGAGGCACUGCUCCUCCCUCAGUCUCCAGGAUGUUGUGUGGUGGUCUCUUGCUGCUAAUCGUGGUCUCUUGCGGCUAAUAUAAGCCUAUCGUUUGCCUCCCGUCUCCGAGAGUGCAUCACCCCUUUAUCCUUAAACUGUGACCCCUCGUUCUGGACUUCCCCAACAUCGGAAACAAUCUUCCUGCAUCUAGCCUGUCCAGUCCCUUUAGAAUUUUAUAUGUUUCAAUAAGAUCCCCCCCCCCUAUCUUCUAAAUUCUUAUAUAUAUAUAAGCCUAGAUGAUCCAGUCUUUCUUCAUGGAAAUAUUGGCUACAGAUUAAAUCUGUGUAGUGUUUGUGUUACGUGCAACCAAAUCUAUUAUUUUUUUAAUAUAAAUUUGUGGUGCAGGUACCUUGCGUUUCCAAUAUUCCUAAAAGUUUUCUGAAGGGUGCAAGUUUUGAUCUAAACUAUGGGAAACAUUGGAAAUCAGUAAACAAAUCCCCCCCAAAAGAGUAUUGUACAAAAUGUAGUAAUUAAUGUUUUUUUAAACUAUGGGAAACAUUGGAAAUCAGUAAACAAAUCCCCCCAAAAGAGCAUUGUACAAAAUGCAAUAAUUAAUGUUCUUUUCUCUCCUUUCUGGGCCGUUGACUCAUCGCUUUCGUUUCAGAUGCAGCACUCCCAACAUUUGAGAAAUGUGAAUUUACGUAAUGUGCUCACUGUUGUCCUGAUGAACUUUGACUGGGCAGUCAGUCAGCAAGGAAUGUUAUUUUCAGUGGAGUGAGUUUUGUCAAGGACACAUAAGACAAAGAAGGACAAAUUAUGGAAUACACAUUGUCCCUAUUCUGUUGUUUCUGCUCACCCAAAAACUCAUUGCAUUUCACCACUUUUUGAUGUACAUGCGACGAAUAAAUGAAUCUGAAGCAGAGCCGAGCACAAAUGAUGGUGUGUAGAGGCUCAACUUCCACAUUCUUAUACCUGUUUAAAUUUAAUAUUUUGCUCAUCCUCUUUUUAUUAAAAAAAAAUAUCAUUGCCCUAAAAAUACAGUAAAUCUAUUCUGUGUAUAAAGGGCAACUGAAGGACUGGCUAAGACUUUGAUAAAACAAACCAUUGUGAAGAAGGUGUUUCGACAGGAGAUGGUGAAUCAUUUCUAUUCCAGUAGAAUUUGGGAUUCUAGUACAGUAAAAUGCAAUCGGAGUUGGAAAGAAAGAAUAAUUAUUUUGCUCUCCCCCCCACCUCUCCAAAAUAAUGAUCUGUACAUCAUGGCAGUGUGUGAGUAAGUAUGACGUUAAGGGGCAGCUGAGAUCCAUGGGGAAUAGGGAACUCGGGUUACUAGAAACCUCAUUAGAACAAAGGGACAUAAUUUGAGUUGUUGGAGGUUAUUCAUCCCAAUUUCCUGAAAUCACUAUAAUGAGGUAGUGACCUCCACUCAACUAUUUUAAGUUACUUCCCUUUGUUGCAAGUUCAUAAAUUUAAUAUUACUGUUCUUUCCCUCAUUUAAAAAAAUGCACCAAUGAUAGUAUAUCAUUAAGCUUCAUUCAUGUUUUAUCAGAGAGUGAAGCAUUCUUUGUGCAUAAGCCAUGUGACCUGGGUAAAUCCAGGCUCGGAUUCCUCACUGGCAUAUAACAUUGGUGCCACACAACUGCUGGGCAUUAAACAUCUUCAGAAGGGAGCAUUUACACUUCCCCUUUCACACCCAAUAACAUUAUCAUUGAUUAACUCCCGUCCCACCCAUCAUACCAACAUUGUAAAUACAGGGACGUAGUGUUGAUUUUUUCAUGCCUGUAAAAUACUCUGUGCUUGUAGAUAGCUCUUUUUUUUAAUAUCAAACCAGCAAGAGCUCUUUAGCCACCUUGAUUUUAAUGUUCUUGUAUCUUCAAAUCUCAAAAUUAAAAUUAUUCUGUUGACAUUC